CACGGUAUCUUUCAUAUUGCCAUCAGCAAAAAUUGCAAGCUCCUCACUAUUUAUCAGAGUAUUAACAAUUCAAUAUCUUGUAGAGGCUGAUAAUUCUAAUAUCUUUGACAGUUGAUUGGCACCUGAACUGUGUUGGCCUGUUUCGCCAUAGAUUGAUUCUUAGAGCUAGUCACGUUUGGUCUUCCGGAGUCGUGCGUACUUCAAUCACAUCAUGUCCGGCAAGGUGCAGUGGGUUUUCAAGUUAGUUUUGGUUCUGAUCCAUAGCCAAAUGUCUCAAGCUGAGGAAGUGUCUUGUACGCGAAUUGAUUUCGACCAGGCUACACUCACAUACCUUUCGCAAUGUUCGUUUUACCAAGAAUUUGAAUCGAAGUCAUAUGCAGAAUCACUUCAUUUUCAACCUUUUCGUAAUGAUGCAAAUUAUUACCUCUCAAAUCGAUGGCAAGGGCUGACGUGCGGUGAAACAGUGGAAAGUUUUAGUUUAAAUGAGGAAACCGAACUGAGGAUGGUUUACAACUUGUUGAUCGACAGUGGAGCCACUUUGGAGGUGCGAGUCGUUGAUCUGGAUCGAAUGGACAGUGAGAACAAACCAACGGUAGUUAUACGAUGGAAAACCGAACAGGCAACGUUUGGCUGGGGAUUGUUUAGAGAGAAGAUGGAUAAAACUGUUAGAAGAGCUAAGAUUCAAAUUGAAGCAAAUAUGAAUGCCGGAAGUGAUGUCGCAAUUGAAUAUUUCACCGUUUUCAAUUUCGAAGUGGAAACUAACGAAUGUCAUUCUAUUGAUGAAUUUGCACCUACAACUACCACAACCACCACUACUACCACCUCAUCUCCAACAACAACCAGCACAACAAUACUUGCAAGUACAACUACUACAUUAUCCUUGAGUACUUCAAUAUCUGAGCCCACUACGUGGAGGACUACAUCAACCCUCGAAAUGUCCACGGCUUAUUCACCAAGAGAUGAAAGCACACCGACAUCCACGGAAGUCCCAACGACAACUACAACCAUGUCGUCCACGUCAACGUCCACGUUUACGACAGCGGAAUCAAGUCCACCAACUGCUGCUUCCGUAUUUGAAACAAAUUCCAACGGAUGGGUUUGGAUUAUGUUAACUGCUUUAUUUGCCUCCCUUCUCUGCUUGGCAAUUGCUGCAUCUGCUUACAUCUACGCCAUGAAUAAGCACCUUUUGGAUCUGAAUAUUAAAUUGAAGGAGCAACGGCUGCACCGAUUGGAUCAUCAUCUAGGACAGUUUAAAAGAAAUGACAAACAAAAGCUGCCAAUCGUAUGACAUUUUGAGUUUAAUAAAUUUCAUUGUCAACUAAA